AUGUACGGCACGGGUACUGGCGCCCAGACGGGCGUGUCGACCCCUCGGUCUUCCGCCUCUCUCCGACCUCUGACCGUGUCCCACGGCACUCUCGAAACCUCUUUCCUCAUCCCUACAAGCCUCCACUUCCACGCCCUCCAACUAAAAGACCGCUUCAGUGCGAGUCUUCCACCACCAACCGACGAGCUCGCGCAAGAUGACGAGCCAUCUUCCACGCCUGAGCUGGGCGAAGAUGACUCUCAGGGCUCUUACGAGGAUGUGCUCAAGUUGAUUCUCAACGAAUUCGAGCGGGCCUUCCUCCGCGGCAACGAUGUCCACGCAUUGGUUGCAACUCUGCCUGGCAUCGACGCGUCCGAGGGGAUGCCUCGGGCCUUCCUCCGCGGCAACGAUGUCCACGCAUUGGUUGCAACUCUGCCUGGCAUCGACGCAAAGAAGUCCGAGGUCCUCCGCAGCUACUACGCCUCAAGGUCGGUGCUGAACAGGGCUGUCCGCCCCCACCAGUCUGCUCUCUUCCGCGCAUCUGAGGAAGGGGAUGCCUCCAUCUAUAACAUUUUUGGUGGCCAGGGCAACAUCGAGGAGUAUUUCGAGGAGCUGCGGGAGCUGUGGCAAACCUACCCAUCCUUCGUUGGGGACCUCAUCUUGACCGCUGCCGAGCAGCUGCAAACUCUGGCUAACAACCCAUCGGCCGAGAAGCUGUUCACUAAGGGUCUGGACAUCAUGAACUGGCUGCAAAAUCCAGAAGCCACCCCGGAUGUGGAAUACCUGAUCACCGCUCCUGUGAGCUUCCCACUGAUCGGACUUGUGCAGCUGGCGCAUUACGAGGUCACCUGCAAGGCCCUCGGAAUCCACCCAGGCACGCUGAGGGAACGAAUUAGUGGUACGACUGGUCACUCUCAAGGUGUUGUGAUGGCAGCUGCCACUGCCGCGGCCGACUCUUGGGAGACUUGGCCAGAAAUCGUCAAGUCUUCCCUCUCGAUCCUUUUCUGGAUCGGUGCUCGCAGCCAGCAGACUUUUCCUCGGACUUCCAUGACUCCUUCGGUGCUGCAGGACUCGAUCGAGAACGGCGAGGGGACUCCCACGCCCAUGCUGAGCAUUCGUGACCUCUCGCAAGAUCAGGUCCAAACGCACAUCGACGCAACCAACAAGUACCUGCCCGCCGACCGACACAUCGCCAUUUCACUCAUCAACAGCCCGCGCAACAUGGUCGUGACCGGACCUCCCAUGUCCUUGUACGGUCUCAACUUGCAGCUCCGGAAAGUCAAGGCACCUACGGGUCUUGACCAAACACGGAUUCCGCACACGCAGCGGAAAGUCCGAUUUGUCAAUCGAUUCCUGCCGAUUACUGCUCCUUUCCACAGCAAGUACCUCGCUGAGGCGACGUCUCUGAUCGAUGAAGACCUCAAGAACAUCAAGAUCGAUGCUGAGUCGCUUGCCAUCCCCGUUUACGACACCAACACUGGGAAGGACAUCCGCGAGGAAGUCAAGGGCUCACUCGCGACAACCGGAACUGGGAGAGGCGACAAUUUCGAGAACGCGACCCGGCGGGGGGGCGUCCUGGAUUUCGCCCAGGAAGGCACCGGUGUCCGCGUCAUUCUCGCUGGCACCGUCAGCGGAUCAGCCAACGAUGUCG